AUUUCAGUAUUAUCAACUUGAACCUCUUCAUCGUUCCUUCAUUGGUCAUCUAGUCGGUCUUAUCAACUUUACUCAAACAUGGAACAAGAUCCAAAUGAUGCUAGAUCAUUAGCUGAAUUAUUCUCAUCAUUCGAUCUUCCUACCAAUCUCAACUCAUCAACUAGUCUUCAAUUCCUUAACAGCUUAACGAACUCUAACUCAACCAAUACUCAAGCCAACCAUCAACUCUCAUUUCUUGACUCUACCAUUCAAUCUCAGAAAGUAGUCAACGAAUCUACUCCUAAUUCAAACAAUCUUUCCACUUCAAACACCUCAUCCAAUCAACUUCAAUGGAAUCCUCAGCCAACUCGAUCAGGAAGGAUACCUCAAAAACCCGAUCCUAAGAGCAAUUUGUUCAACCCACUUGAUUAUCUUGAUUUUCCAACUGAUAGCGAAUCCGAUGACCCUGACUUCCAACCACCACUAGAAGAUACCACAUCAGCUAAACAAGUCUUAGAUCUCUUGGAUGAACGUCCCAGUGGUUCUCAAACUGCUGCUUCUGCCAGUACUCCUGCAAUCGAUUGGGCACAACAACUUUUAGGUGCUAGUGGUCUUUCCACUGCUGAUCUUCUUGGUCACUUUGGACGGUACUCUGCCAUGGAGAACCAAAACACAUCCGUCUCUCGAUCUCGUCCUGCCGAUUCACAUCGAGCCAAUGUAGAUCCCGAUUUACGUCUUGAUACAUCUACUUCUUCUAAUAAUCGGGAUCCGAAACCCAAUUCUAAAGCUAUUCAAUUGGAUCCACCGAGCUCACGCCCUAAUUCUCGAUCACCCUGGCCAACCGAACAGAUACCCUCAGUCCCAGUGCCGAGUCAUUCGAGUCGGAUCAUCAACAAACCAUCUCCUCUGACUGCAGCAUCGAUGGCCGGAAUCCCUUUUGUGAAGAUUGAUUUCCCAGAUUCGGAUGAUUCACCUGAAUUUGUACCACCUCCACCUAAACGAGCUAGACGUGAACCUGGCACAUCUCGUACUAUUCAUGAUUCAAGGUAUCAGUCCGAACGAGAACUGAGUAGAUCACCUACCCGAUCUUUUCGAAAUCCCGCUACAUCAUCCUUACGUUCAAUUCAACCGGCCAUUGCCAAGACACCUACAGAUCGUCCUGUAGAGUACAUCACCGAUGGAUCGCCUUGUGAAUCAUUAGCUGAAUCAGACUAUACUACCACUCAUCAUCAUCAUCAUCAAUCAUCAUCAUCGGUACCUGUGUUGAACAAGAAUGGAUUACCUAGAGCUAAACCUGGACCGAAACCAAGACCGAAAGCUCCAUUAGGAUCAGAUGAGAAAGCCGAAUUCAUGCAAAGGAAACGAGAAGGGAUGAGAGCGGUUAGAGCAAGGAAAAAAGAAUAUAUCGAAGAACUUGAGGAUCAAUGUCGUCUUUUACAAGCUGAAAAUAUCAGAUUACGUGAAGAGAAUGAACAAUUGAUGAGAGAGUCAAGAGAGAAUUGGAAAGCCAAAGCCUUGGGUUCAUUCCCUAGUAAUCCGACCAACAAUCACCAUCUCACCACUUUGAAGGAGAACAACAGUCAUCAUCUUUCAUCUUCUCGAAAAUAUAAACCUAUUGCUCCCAAGCUUACAGAAGGAAGAACUGUAUUAGAUGUGAUUGCUAAGAGGAGUAAGACUACUCAACUUUCGAGAAGGUUGUAAGACACGCAGUCGGGUGUAUUUCGAAAGGAGAGAUGUAUUGAAAAUAACUUAUUAUCAGAAAAACUAACAUGUUACUGUCAGUAUUGUAAAAGAGAGUGAUUGGAUUUGGUUUUCUACUACUUAUUGACAAUCAUUUGUCCAUUUUUGGGUUCUGUGUGGUAUACAUCUUCAUUUCUUCAUAUGAUUGUUUAUUGAAACGUUGUUUUUUUCAUGAGUGAUGUGUUCACCUUUGGACGAGUAAUUUGUGAAACAAAAUGUGAUCUGUGUUCUUGAUUGUUUUGUAACCGAACGAAGGGAGAAUCUGACUUUUUAAAAAGGCUGUAAGACUCAAACUUAACUGAGUUCC